CCUUUCGUCCCUCUUCCUUGUAAUUCAAAGAAAACCAUGGAAGGAGCGAUCACGUUGUUUACCGAGAUCGACGGCUUACGUUCGUCCUCGGUUUUCAAUUUGGGACGCUCACUCCACCGAGCCCUCUCGGCGGCAAAAAAAAUAAUAAAAAAAAAUCUCCAGCUCAAAUUUAAAUCCUCAUCUCUCCCCGUCUCCACAUCGUCAUCAAUGGAAGGAGAAGGGAGACGCAAAGGCCAGGAGAGGAAAGCCAAGAGACAGGCCAAGAAGCAGCAAGAAGAAGAAGAGGAGAAAGGAAAAGCCCAAGAAGCCGCCGUCGUCGCCGCCGCCGCCGCCGUCGUCAAAGAUGUGGAAGACUUCACCGAGGAGGAAGCUCAGAGAAUCAGGGGCUCGCUCCUCCAGUGGUACGACGAGAACCACCGGGUCUUGCCCUGGCGAACGGCGAGCAGCAGCGAUCACCAGAAGAAUAACGAGGAGGCGAGAGCAUAUGCGGUGUGGGUGUCGGAGGUGAUGCUGCAGCAGACCCGAGUCCACACCGUCGUCGCCUACUACAACCGCUGGAUGGCCAAGUGGCCCACCCUCCACCACCUCGCCGCCGCCUCCCAAGAGGAAGUGAAUGAGAUGUGGGCUGGCUUGGGGUAUUACAGGAGGGCGCGCUUUCUAUUGGAGGGGGCCAAGUCCAUUGUUCGAGGAGGAGAAUUUCCUCGAACAGCUGCUGCGCUUCGUGGGGUUAAAGGGAUAGGAGAGUACACAGCAGGGGCUAUUGCUUCUAUAGCUUUCAAUGAGGUGGUCCCUGUUGUUGAUGGAAAUGUAGUAAGGGUGCUCAGCAGGCUUAAAGCCAUCUCUGCAAACCCAAAAGAAGCUGCUACUGUCAAGAGUUUCUGGAAGCUAGCUGGGCAGCUAGUUGAUCCUUCAAGACCGGGAGAUUUCAACCAAGCCAUAAUGGAACUCGGGGCAACCUUGUGCAGCACCACCAACCCUGCAUGUUCUACAUGCCCAAUUUCUGACAAGUGUCGUGCAUUUUCACUCUCCAGAAACAGUGAAACAGUCAGGGUCACAGAUUAUCCGACAAAGGUUGCGAGGGCCAAGCAGCGCCAUGAUUUUGCUGCUGUUUGUGUUGUUCAAAUAGCAGAAGGUUCUGAUCAGGAGGUUCUGAAGGAUAGCAACAAGAAACAUGCAUUUCUUCUGGUCAAAAGGCCAGAAGAAGGAUUGCUUGCUGGGCUCUGGGAGUUCCCAUCAGUUGUAUUAGAUGAAGAAAGGAUGGAUAUGGGUACGAGGAGAAAAGCAAUGGAUAAGUAUCUGAAGAAGUUAUUUAAUGUUGAUGUGGGAAGAAAUUGCAAUGUGAUUCUAAGAGAACAUAUUGGGGAGUAUGUUCAUGUUUUCUCUCAUAUUCGACUCCAAAUGCACAUUGAGUUGUUGAUCUUGACCAUGAAAGGUGGUUUGAAGCUAUUGGGAGAUGAUGAGGAUCACAGCACGAUAUCAUGGAAAUGUGUGGAUGGAAGUUCUAUUGAUAGCAUGGGACUAACAUCUGGAGUACGAAAGGUCUACAAUAUGAUUCAGAAUUUUAAACUGAAACAAAUGUCAGCACAUCCAAUCAGGGCACCAAGGAAGAAGGCGAAAAGAUCAAGUUCAUGAGAGCAAUCUAAUUGGAUAUAGCUUGAAUUGAUUAGAAUCCGUUUGAUUUCUUGACCAGAUAUAUUUAUUGCCAAAUAUGGCUCGCAUGCUAUCCUCUGAUUGUUGUCCCUAGUUGUUGUCAGUCAUAUAACUAAAAAUCUUGAUUAUUGUGUCUAUACAUAUAUAUGUGUGUGAAAUUAACAAGGAGAAGGUGGUCUAUUCCCAGAUGGUGAAAGGCCAGAAUUUUUCCUCAAAAAAA